GACGUCUCCGUUGUUAUCGUUAAUAACGAUGUACCAAAUCACGUGAUGUUUACGCUAAUGGCAAGUGAAGACAGUUUUGAGAUUCUGAUCGGCAAGAAAUACUACAAGAGCGGGAAACAUAUAAAAAUCUUUUUGGCAAGGUUUGGGUCGUAUGCUAUUAGCAACUGUGGAUCAAACACACCCCAAGCCUACAUCACAGGCUCCAGUUUAAAGGGUCACACACCGUUUGGUGUGGUCAGUGGUAACUGUUACGGAAUGACCGAAACUCUUCAGUGCGGCUCAAGCAACGCCAAUGAGACAGUGGAGGGAACAACUGGAAGUACUGUGGCUGAAAUGCUACUGCCUGUUGAAACGUUUGGUAAAAUUUUCAUUCUAUUCAAUGCGACUGGCAGAUUCUCACCUGGCUUCUAUAUCAUCACUGCCGUCGACAGCAAUGGGACUGAUGUUUACCUGUGUCGAAUCGCCUAUGGCUCUGAGAUACAAGAGCACAUUUAUCUGAACAAAAGUGGCGAAUGGGUGACACGUCCGGGCAGUUUCAGUGUUCUGCAAGCUGACCAACCAGUGCAAGUUGUCUACGCCCAGAACUCGAGCUGCGAUCUGACCAGUGAUGGGGAUCCAAGUCUAUUGAUGAUGGUACCCGUGGAGCUAUUCUAUUACAUAUAUUUCUGCGUGAUACCUUUUAUUCCUAUUCGACAUUAUAUGGUUCUGGUAGUUAAAUCUGAAUUAAUAUCCUCGAUACGAAGUAUCUACUCCAGAGAACUGCCAUUUUUGGGUCUCACUAAGAGAGAACUGCUGGAACUCUCUGUGAAUGAGAUUCAAGGCAGCUGGUCAGUCUACGAAUAUGAGCUGAGAGGAGACACCAGUUUUACCAUGUACUCUCUCAAGGCGUCAUUUGGUUGUUACCUUCAUGGGAAGGGGCCCGAAUCUACUUACAUGCAUUCAGUUGGCUUCAUUUCAUCGAACAUAAAUGUGAAAAGGUGUAUCAACACUGUGAACAGCAUGAACAGGGGAGACCUGCUGGACAACGACUGUGAUGGCUGGGUGGACGAAGAAAAUUGGAACGGGCUAGACGAUACAGAUUUUAAAGCCAAUGACGAUAGGCUAGACGACCUGGCUAUUUUUUUCAGCCAAACCGACACAGUAGAGGCGAUACUCAGCUACAGCCCUUCAAAUGUUUCCGAGUACAGAUUCAAAAUGAUACCGAUAAAGUACAUACCACCUGAUCUUGGGUUAAUCUUCAAAUGGACAAUAGAGACCACCACGAUCUCAGCGACCAAUCUGUGCCCCGCCAAAUUUACUGAAUGGAGUCCCUGGCAUUGUACACGCGACUGUUCCGUCUCUGAUAUGGUAAAGACAAGAACGUGUGAGGAUACAGUGAAUCCCCUCAGAUGUGAAGGGUCAGUUAUAGAAACGAAACCGUCAAACUGCUAUGCUAAACUUUGUCCUAUAGACUGUCCUUGGAAUUUGUUCGGGGAUGACUGUAGUAAAUCCUGUAAGCAAUGCGUCAAUAUUUGCGACAGGUUUAAUGGUUCUUGCAUCGAAUGUAGGCGUGGCUAUGACUUCCCAGAAAGUGGUUGUCAGCUAGACCGCACAGCGUAUGAAGAUUGGACCGAAUGGAGUUGUGCUUCAAAUUGCUCAGACACGUCCUACUACAGAAAAAGGAUUUGUAAAAACCAGAUUUCUGGCGGGAUUCCGAGUACAGACUGCAGUUAUCCAGUGUUCGACAGAAAAGCUGGUGACUGUUACUUAAGUGGAAACUGUCCCAUCAAUUGUAAAGACUUCACGUGGGGCCUUGGCUGUAACGGCACCUGUAUGAAAUGUCAGGAGCCCUGUGAUAAAUUCACUGGCCACUGCAGGGCUUGUAAAGCUGGCUACAAAGGAAUUAAGACAUCAUGUUCCCAGCCUUGUGGACCUUAUCAGUACGGUCCUGGAUGUCAGGGAAACUGUAGUGUACGAUGUAAUGGUAAGAAAUGUCUGGAUCCAGUUACAGGACAAUGUCCAGAGCCCGAAACAUCACAUCUGAGGAUGCUCCUGAUAUUAUUGCCGAUUCUACCAGGCUGUGUAAUUCUCUAUCUAUUUAUCAUGAGACAAAAGAACGCUAACCAAGAAAAUGACAGAUCAGGGUUCUCCAUUAAUUUAUCCAAAUCAAAGUCACAAAAUACUCUAGAAACAAAAGGCUCGUCGCCUUCCGUAAGGUCUGUCAAGUCUGCUUGGUCAGUCAAGUCAAAUAGGUCUAGCAGAAGUGUGCCAGAAAACCCUGAAACUGUAGUUUGAAUGCCGCUUUGGCCAAUAAAUCAAAUCUUGUUUGAAUUUGACGGAAGCCUUAUUGACAAGCAGGGAACUUCAGCUCAAACGUUUAAGAAGUGAAUAAUCAAUCUAUCACAGCGGUUCUCAACCUUUUCAGCUCGGCGACCUCUUUUUUACAACCCCCCACUCUGCCGCGACCCCCCCCCCUUUGACACACACAUACAGCAAUAGAAGAGUAGGCAAUAACAAUUCAUAUUUUUCGAUGGACUUAAGCGACCCCUGGCAAAUGGUCAAUCGACCCCCAAAACCUAACAAAUAGGCCGAAAAAUUCUGUUCAAACCUCGCAGCAGCCAAGAGAUCAAGUCUUGUCAUGUGAAGGCUGCUGUUUUGGUUUUUAUUUGAAAUUACAAAAAAUUUCCAGAAGGUGAACUUAACCAGUGUUAGUUUUAACUCUUACUUUAACUCUUAGUUCAACUCUUAGAGUUAACUCUUUAGUUCAACUCUUAUUAUUAAUUCGUAUUUAACUCUUGGUCUUAAAUCUUACCUUAACUCUUAGUCUUAACUCUUAGUCUAAACUCUUGCGUAAAUGUUGCUGGAAUCUUUAUGACGACAUUGGAUUUUCUGUUUAAAUCUUACAGAUGCAAAUAAAUAUGUCAUGUCAAAAUCAAAAUAAUCUGCCCCUGCAAUGACGUAGCUAGGGUGGGGAAAGAGGGAGUCCUAAUCCCCCCGGGACCCCACUUAAAGGGGGGCCUCCAAAUGAGUGUCCGAAAUGUGUUUUUACAUUAAAUAUAAUGCCAUUAUCUCAUGUCAUGAUAUCGAGUGUCAAAAUUCAUGGCCCCGUAAAGAGGUCAAGCCUCCCCCCCCCGGGCCCUCAAAUCCUUAGCUACGCCUCUGUGUCCCUGAAUGGACAUAACCAACAGCCUGUACGGCAGUGCUGAGCAACUGAAGAAAACAGCACACUUUUUUUUCCUUGGCACAGUCUGCAAAAGAGCUCACAGCUCAGCAGCAAUAAAGCUGGCUAGAAGAAGAAGAAGAAGAAGUCCCUGAAUGGACGGGAAAUUCCGUUUGAACCUGCCAGCAACCAACAAAUCAGUCAUCUGUAUUCUACCAUCUCUCUGUAAUUUAGUCCUGAAUUACAGUUCAGAAAGUCAUAAGAUGGUCUGAGUGUGAACAUUCAGUAAGACUGUCAUUGAAUGGAACACAUAGCUUGAGACAUUGCAGCAAUAACAAAUGUUGUGCUCUGUAACCUAGAUAGGUUCAAUUCAAGCUCUUCAAUUUUCUUAAAUCUAAAUGUUAGAAACCAAACAAGUAAAAAACAAUAACAGAAACAUUGAUUUCUGGUUUACCUAAUUGAGCAUGUUUAAUUAUUAUGCAUGUCAGUUUCCAAUCUCUUUACAACCAUCUUCGCCGAUAAAGUUCCUUUCAGACCUUGUGAUCUAUGGGGAAGAUGAUGUAAAGGUCAUCUGUUUCUGUGGCCCACGGUUAACGAGGGUGUCAUGUGGCCAGCACAACGACCAACCGCCUUUGCUUUGCCCUAAUUAUUUAACGGUACCAAUUAGAGCUAAGUGGAUUUAGAGGCGUUCAAAGGUCCCGAAAUUUAAAAAUCCCAGUCUUUACUUGGAACCCCAGUUCGGAAGCCAAGCACUUUACCGCUUAGCAACCGCACCUCCUUGCCGAUAGAGUGCAAGGUCUGAAAAGGUUGACCUCUCUUUACUUGCUUAACUUUAUUUUGUAAUGUUUAUGGCGCGACAUUUCAAAACUCGUGGUAACGUUCAGUGCCGUAGUCAGACUAGAAAAAGCCCUAGGCUAAUUCAUAUAUGGGGAUCUUUUAUAAGCCCAUAUAUUAUAGGUCAGUGCUAAAUGUUUCUUGGGGUCGAUAUCUAUAACUUGUGUUGCCUACAGGUCAGCCCGCCCUUUCUAAUAUUCAAUGAGACCCCAACAUUUGUUAUUUUUAUUCAUAUUGGGCAAACCAGUCUGAAAUCAAGUAAAUGUCAUGUAAGAAUUAAUUCUGUACGAGUAGUGUAGAAUAGACUGCGUACGGUAAUAAAUAGAUACUAUGGAUCUUUUUUACUUUGAUCAUUCUUUUGUUGAAUUUUCCACCUACAUGGUAAGCAUGUACACUUGAAUGUUUUACGCUUGAUAAAUAAUAGAAAUUCUUUGAUGAUGCAGAAAAGAUAACACUGACAUAUAUAUAUAUAUAUAUAUAUAUAUAUGUACAUGUAUAACGAUUGGACUUGUGAUAGA